AUGGAUUUUUUAGGGUUUGCCUUUUUGUUGUGCUACCUCUUUAGUGUCUCUUUCGUUUUGACAAAAAUCGACGUGAUACAGUCAGGUGAGUCUGAAAAAGUGGAAAGCGAUGGAAAAGACUAUGGAAGGGAGAACUGCUCCUCGGACGACGUUAAAUUGUUGGGUAAAGAUUUUUAUGGAGAAUCGUGUGGAGGUAAAAAUUUAUUACCAAGGAUAGAAUGGAUAGACAAUAAUAAUAUGACAAAGUCUUAUAUUAUUACAUUAAGUAGUGUGAGUAGUUCAAAUAUAGUUUACCAUCUUAUAGCAUGGAAUAUUCCUUCAUAUAUAAAUACAAUAAAUAGUUUUUCUAUUUUCAAUGAAACAAAAUCUCAAGUUGGUCUAAAUACAUAUAAUAAAAAAAAUUAUCAAGGACCUUGUUAUACAUCAAUAAAUACAGAGCAUACAGGAUGUUUGAAAUUGAGUUUGUACGCGUUAAAUAAGGAAACGAUCGGAUUGUCUGAAGAUGCGGAUUCCCAUGAGUUGAUGUCAUACCUUAGGACAAUGAGUAGAAAGGAAAACAUAGUCAUAGAUGCAAUAUCAUUAUAUUCUAUUUUUAUUCCCCAAAAAAGUUGA